AUGACCGUUUCUCAUCCCGACGUUGAUAACGCGCCCGCUCCGGGGGUUUCCUACUUCACCCCCGUGCAGGAUCCCCCCGCCGGUACGGCUGCCAAUCCUCAGACGAGCGGCAAGCCCGUUCCCAAGCUCUACCAGCCCUUGACCAUUCGCGGCGUCACCUUCCAGAACCGCCUGGGGCUUGCUCCCCUCUGCCAGUACAGUGCCCAAGAUGGCCACAUGACGCCCUACCACAUUGCCCACCUGGGCUCGAUCGCCCAGCGCGGUCCCGGAUUGAUGAUGAUUGAGGCGACGGCCGUGCAGGCCAACGGUCGCAUCACUCCCCAGGACGUGGGUUUGUGGAAGGACUCGCAGAUUGAGCCCAUGCGCCAGGUCGUCGAGUUUGUGCACAGCCAGAACCAGAAGAUCGGAGUCCAGCUGGCUCACGCCGGACGCAAGGCCAGCACCGUCGCUCCCUGGAUCUCAUUCGCCAUGGUGGCCACGGAGAAGGUUGGCGGAUGGCCCGACAACGUGAAGGGACCCAGCGACAUCCCCUUCGCCGACGGUUUCCCUUCGCCCCAGGCCAUGACCAAGGACGAGAUUGUCCAGUUCAAGAACGACUGGGUCGCCGCCGUCAAGCGGGCGGUCGCAGUCGGUGUCGACUUCAUCGAGAUCCACAACGCCCACGGCUAUCUUUUGUCGUCGUUCCUGUCGCCUGCGGUCAACAACCGCACCGAUGAGUACGGCGGCUCGUUCGAGAACCGCAUCCGUCUGUCUCUGGAGAUCGCUCAGCUGACUCGCGACACCGUCGGUCCCAAGAUGCCGAUCUUCCUCCGCAUCUCCGCCUCCGACUGGCUGGAGGAGGUCCUCCCCGAGCAGAGCUGGAACAACGACUGCACGGUCAAGUUCGCGCAGGAGCUGGUCAAGCAGGGGGCGGUUGACCUCAUCGACAUCAGCUCGGGUGGUGUGCACGCGGCGCAGAAGGUCAAGUCCGGGCCGGGCUUCCAGGUUCCCUUCGCGGCCGCAGUCAAGAAGGCGGUGGGCGACAAGCUGCUCGUGGCCGCUGUCGGGGCGAUCACGAACGGCCGCCAAGCCGAGGAGAUCAUUCAGCAGGAUGGGAUUGAUGUGAUCCUGGUGGGUCGUGGAUUCCAGAAGGAUCCCGGCUUGGCCUGGACCUUCGCGCAGCAUCUGGAUGUGGAGAUUGCGAUGGCCAGUCAGAUCCGGUGGGGCUUCACGCGUCGUGGCGGCACUCCGUAUAUCGAUCCUUCGGUGUAUAAGCCGUCGAUCUUUGACUCGUGAGGAGUGGUGAACUGUAUGUAUAUAGGACAUCAAGUAAUAGAUAGCGUUGCAAGAGAUACUCAAAUAAUGAU